AUAAAACAGUUGUACAGCCCGGGGUUAUGACUUUAGUAAAUGACACCUGUUGUUACCCAUUGCUCAACUAUUUAAGUAUAUAUUCCUCAAAAACAUGAACUCAAUUCCAGUUCACAAGUGAAUUUUUAAGUAAUGAAAUGCAAUAUUUUAUCAGGUCUUAUAAUAUUAGGCUAUAUCUCAUCUAUAAGAUGUAAAAUUGUUCAAAUUGAAGAUGGAAAGUUGGAAGGAACAUUAAUGAAGACUCGUAAAGGUUUUGAUGUUUACGCGUUCCUUAAAAUUCCUUUUGCAGAACCACCAGUUGGAAAACUACGAUUUCAGCCACCAGUUCCAAAGAAAAAGUGGAAUGAGAUUUUAAAUGCAACAGAAUUUGGACCAGCUUGCAUGCAAAAUGCCAAUGGCUUAACAGUUUCUGAAGAUUGUCUUCAUUUAAAUGUCUUUACAAAGGAUUUAGAUCCAGCUGAAUUGAAGCCAGUCAUUGUUUAUAUCCAUUAUGGGGCUUUCGUAACUGGAUCUUCUGUUUUUGGUUGUCAUCCUGGUUAUCUUCUCGAUCGUGACGUCAUGCUUGUAACUAUAAACUAUCGACUUGGACCAUUUGGGUUUCUCGCAACGGGAACAAAAGAUGCAUAUGGAAAUAUGGGACUUAAAGAUCAAUCCUUAGCAUUAAAAUGGAUUAAAAAGAAUAUCGAUAAAUUUGGUGGUGAUCCAGAUCAAGUCACAAUCACUGGAUUGUCGGCUGGUGGAUUUUCAGUUACAUCUCAUAUCGCUUCGGAAAUGUCAAAAGGAUUGUUUAAAAGAGCUAUUGCACUGAGUGGUGCUAUCACAUGGCAAACUGGUCUGGAUAGGAAUAAUAUUGAUAAAGCUAAGCAAAUGGCUUUGAGGCUCAACUGUCCAAUAAAUUUGAAUGUAUUGGUUAAGUGUUUGAAAACGAAAUCUGCCAUUGAGAUAGUGCAAGUGAGUGUAGAUGGCUAUUUUGGAUGUCUUUCAAUGCCGUGGGUUCCAGUUGUUGAGCCAGACUUGGGUCAAGAACGAUUUUUUACAGACGAUCCAAACAAGUUGUUAAAAACUGGAAAGUUCAAUAGAGUUCCUGUAAUGAUUGGUGUCACAGCAGAUGACUUUAUAUCACCUGUUGCUAGUCUGCUGAACAAUGAAGAGUCGUUGGAUUUGUUGAAUAAUAAUUUUUCAGAAAUUGCAUCGAAAUGUUUCUUUUUUAAAGGAAAUGGAAUCAGAACGACCGAAGAAAUUGCCAAAAUAUUUAAAAAUCAUUAUUUACCGUACGAUAAAAUAGAUCAGACAGCAUUUAACAGUUUAAGUCAAUUAAGUGCAGAUGGGAUAAUUGGCUAUGCAGUUCAUAGAUUUGCACAUUAUGCUGCACAAUUUACUGAUGUUUAUUACUAUAAAUUCACUUAUAUGGGUGAACGUAGCAACUUUCAUUAUCCAAGGAAUAAGCCAUAUGUAGCUCAUCAUGGUGAUGACAUCAACUACAUUUUAUCAUCAAAUUAUCCACCAGCAAUUAAAGAAUCUGAUCCUGAUAAUUUUAUGGUCGAGCGAUUGACAAGAAUUUGGGAACAAUUUGCAAAGUAUGGCAAUCCAAACAACAAGACUGAUGAAGUUCUGGCUGACUUAAAUUGGCCUAAACUCGACACAGUUGAUGAAUAUUUCUUAGACAAUGGCAAAAACAUGGUUGAAAAGCGUGGUCUUUAUCUUGAACGAUAUCAUGUGUGGGAUGAUUUGGAAAAUACAUCAAGAAUUUCUUAUUUUGACAAUUCAAAUGUUAAAAUUAUUUUUGGAGUCAUUGAUAAGAAAUCUGACUCUGAAAUUGGCAAUUUAACGAAUGUCAUUGACAAUUUUUUAAAAGAAUCUCUGUCAUGAGUUGUCGUACACAUGUCGC